GUUGAAAUACAAUUACUAUAAAAUAAAUAGAUAACAAAAAUAUAAAAAAACAAAAACAAAAAGCAAAGGAACAGAGAAACAAACACACUACAUCAAUCAUCAAUGGCUUGUUCCACUUCCAAGGAUUCCUCCCAAUUUUCAGUCAAACUUUCUCUUUCCUUUUCCUCUUUUCAACACUCUCUUUUGUCUCUCUUUAUAUCCCCAGCUUCUGAACCUCUACUUCUUGCAAAAGAUGUUAGUCUUGUCUUUCUCUCCUUUCUUUGUUGCCCAUUUGAGAAAAAAGACUAAUCUUUGUGUCUGGUCUUUGUAAUCUUUCUGCUUCUGAGAUGAGCUAAUCAUUGAUCAUUGUGUUUGAUCUUUGGUAACUACACUAUAAAGUUGCCCAUUUUGCUUCAUUCUGAAUCUUUUCAAUGGAUGGUUGGGAUGACAAUUCCGUCAUCGGUGGCUGGCCUCCGACUUCGAUCUCAAACUUCUUGAAUGAUGAUUUCAGUUUGAAGUUCACUCCAUUGAUCGAAGAUGAUCAUGAUGUCCCUCGAAUGAAGACCGAUAAACAAAAACUCGAUAGUUCGACAGCUAAAGAGGAUGAUGGAUUUCGGUUCUCUAGUGGUCCUUCAGUGGAAAUAAGCAAGAUUGAUGUUCAUAAACCGAUCGCGCGCUCCGGUCUUUCAGAAAGAAGGCCGGCAUGGUCAGGAUUUACUACUCCGAAGAUCAAUACAACGCGUAUUAUAUCAGCAAAAUUGGAUUCCACGACAUCAGAAGUUCGAUCACCGUAUCUAACAAUUUCUCCCGGUUUAAGUCCGACGACAUUGUUGGAUUCUCCAAAACUUCUUUCGAAUAUGGCUCAACUAUCUCCAACUACAGGCAAGUUGUCAUACAAUAAAUACGAUAAUACCGAACUAGUUUCAGCGACAAGAAUUCCUGAUAAAGCUAGAGAUCACCAUACACUUGAAGAAGUUCCUGAAUUGUUUGCAUUCAAGUCUCAUCCUGAACCAUAUUCCUCUUAUUUCGCAAGUGCAGACAACAAACAGUCAUUGACAAGCAUCGGAGAGACAGCAAUUACCUUCCAGACCAAUUUAAAUCUUCAAACCGGCCUUUCUAACUCAUCUGAGAUCAGCAAUCCUUUGGAAAAAGUCAUUGAUUCCUUCCAGUCAAGCGAUAAUUCUCCGCCUCUCAAUGACCAAAAGGAUGCAGAAGUUAUUAUUGCAGAACAAGCUGAGGAUGGAUACAGUUGGUGGAAAUAUGGACAGAAACAAGUUAAGGGCUGUGAUUAUCCGCGAACCUAUUACAGAUGCGCGCACUUGAAUUGCCCGAUGAAGAAGAAGGUCGAGCAAUCUCAUGAACACCGCAUUACAAAGAUAAUCUACAAAGGUGCUCAUAACCACAUCAAGCCUCCAUUGAGUCACUGGGUUCCUGCUCCUGAUUACUUGGAAAACAUGGCUUCACAAAUUGAUCUUGAUGGGAAUCUUUUAACGACAACUACACAGGAUUAUAACCAAUGUGCAACAUCUGAGUUUGGUGAUCCAUCCAUAUCUAGUGACGAAGAGGAUGAUUGGGGAGCUUGUGAUGGUGAAAAGGAAGAGGCAGAGUCAAAAAGAAGGAAGAUUGAUGCUAGUGUGAUUGACAUGAGCACAGCUUCAAGCGGAGCACAUGAACCAAGAGUCGUCGUCCAAACAACUAGCGAGAUUGACGUCCUUGAUGAUGGUUAUCGCUGGCGAAAAUACGGACAGAAGGUAGUUAAGGGGAAUCCAAAUCCAAGAAGCUACUACAAGUGCACUAAUCCGGGCUGCUCAGUUCGGAAACAUGUAGAGCGGGCAUCGAAUGAUCUCAAAUCAGUGAUCACAAGCUACGAAGGUAAGCAUAACCAUGACAUUCCGGCUGCCAGAGGCAACAAUCACUCAAACUCGACAUCAUCCAUAGCAACAACCAGUGCCAUAUCUCGUCCUCAACUUCUUCGCAAGAGGCCGGAGCUGACUCUGGCUCAAGAUAGUUUGACAACAUCAGAUGGUUUUUCUCUAGCAAUAAGGCAACAGGGGCUGAAUAAUCUUGGUGUCAUGGAGUUAAGCAUGGGGACACCGAUGAAAGUAUCAGAACUUCAUCAAGUUCACCCAUUGUUAUCAGUAAACGGGAAAUAUUACAGGGUUAAUAAUACCAAACAAAGAACAAAUCAGAUGCCACUAGAGGAUUCUGGUCAGACUAAAAGCCGAAUGCAGCAAAAUCACUGGUUUAUCACCAGAUGAUAAACAGGUUGCACAUAGGAAAUCAUCAGCAGUAAAUCAUCAUUAAUAGGGAUAUAUGAAGUGUUGUUUGUAUGAUUUGGUUGUGUUUGUUCAAUUUCUGUCAAUAUUUGUGAUUUACUCGAAUAUUCCUGUAUCAUAUGCAUUUUCCUUUCAAGAUCUAUCACAUAAUCAUCACUUAAGAGAGGUGUACAUGUACCUAUAAAUUUUGCAGAAACUUCCAAUUUGAAGAAAAUUUACCCU